AUGAGUGCAGCCAGAGGGAGGACAGCUCCAUCCGUGCACACGACGGUCGACAGUGGAACUAGCCAGCCAAUCUCAUUUUCGAUUAAUCUCGAAUCUAACUUCGAAACAGCAGAAGUGGUGAAUCUUCUGGGUAAGGUGCGGAACGGCCUUGAAAGUCGCCUUGAGGUCAUUGAAAGAAUCGUCCGUGCAUCUUUGCAUGCUCGCGAUUCUCGGUGGUCCCUUGACGAACGCAGAGACAAUGUGAGACGCUCCCUUGCUGAUCCUCAACGUCUGAGAAUGGUAUAUGACCAAGUUGUAAUGGAAGAUUACGAUGCAACAAAAACAAACGCUCUCAUUGAACCCAGAAGACCACCAGAACCACCAAAUGAUAGGAACAAAGCCAGAGAAAUUUGCCAAAUCUUGCCAUUCGAGAAUGGAUGCCACUUGUGGUUUAUGCUUUCUGAGCAUGCAACCACGCUACAGAUUUUGUACAUGCAUCCUGGCCAAAGCCUUACAGACGAACUUGAGCAUAUGCGAAUCGACUCCGAGCCUGUCGGCUUUGCUGGCCGUCAGGUUUCAUGUCGUGACGAUAAGGUGGCAGUUGCUGGACUUAACGAUAUUCUCACUCUUCGUUUGAGCAGUGAUGGGGAGAUUGUUGAUCGCAUGGUUAUCAAGCUAGCCGAGCUUACUACAACACAUAGCAAUCCUAUAGUUAUCUGGGCUCCAAAUCGUCCCGCUCUUCUGGCGGUAGCUACCAUGCAGCUAGUGCGAAUGUACGACCUGAUGCUUGAUGCAGACAAUUUCGUGGAGGAACUCGUGCUUCCAGUUGGAAAUGUGGAGGAUAUCGAGCUGAUUCACAGCCCCACCAAUAAUGAAAUGUGGUUGAUGGUGUUGAGUACUUCCGGUCAUCUCUACGAACAUAAAUUGAUUGCUAAAACUGCGGAUAAUACGUCAUUUUUCUUAACCAACACCGUCACGCUUCCUCAUACUCAGCAAUCGUUGGGGUCAGGAGUGUAAGU